CAGGUCUUCGUAGAGUUCUACGACUUCUCCAGCAUAAGCGUUCCUUCUUCAACCUUGCAGGAUCUGUAGCGCCUUCGACGCGGAACACCCUCGAUCCAGAUCGGCAGAUCAACCUAUCCUUGCACUGCAACCUCACCUCUCUUCCUUCUCCCGUAGGCGUCGUCGUCGUCCUCCUCACCCUCUGCUUGCGCGGAGUGGAGAUCCAUCUGGCUUGAGUUGAUUUCUUCUUUUGUUGAUAAGGAACAUAGGAUGCCUAGCUUACUUGGACGGAUCGCUCGUUUUGUUCUGAAAAGAUGGACGCGAACAGGCGCCAGAGUGAGAUUCAGCAGUUGUUGGCUGCAGAGCAAGAGGCUCAGCAGAUUGUAAAUGCAGCUAGGGCUGCUAAGUCGCCAAGGCUUAGGCAAGCAAAAGAGGAGGGCGAAAGGGAAAUAGCUGAAUAUCAUGCCCAGAUGGAGGCUGAAUUCCAGAGGAAAGUUGCGGAGAGCAACGGUGACUCCGGUGCAAAUGUCAAACGUCUGGAGCAAGAGACAGCGGCAAAAAUAGAACAACUCAAUCAACAGGCUGCAAGUAUCUCCCCAGAAGUCAUUCAGAUGCUUCUGAGGCAUGUUACCACUGUGAAGAACUGAAUGUUUUUGUGCUCUAAAUAUGAUUGCAACCUUGAAUUAUCUCUCUAGUUAUAGUAAUGCUCUAAAUAUGAUUGCAACCUUGAAUUAUCUCUCUAGUUAUUUAUAUCAGAGAGUGGUAAUAAAUGAAUUUGUCACUUCUGGCUGUAAUUCCUUGUUCCGAAUCACAGAAUAAGAU